AUGGCGAAGCUCCCAUCUACCAUAGCCUGGUUGCUCUUACUGAUGUCUAUCAUCAAUAAAUCAUUCUCAGCAAGAAACCUGGGAAACUCAACUCCAACCCAUCAUCACCACAAGCAUUUCAAGUUCACAUUCAUCAUGAAAAAUGUCCUCAAUUUCAAUGCCACUCAUCCCUCAUCAAAGCCUGCAACUACAACAGUCACCAGUCAGCUGCCAUUUCCAAAGCCCUUAGGCUUUUUCCCUCCUGAUGGAGGGAUCCCUUUGCCCCAAUCGGACCCCUCAGUUCCGGUCACCGGAUUGUCAACACAAACUCAAACACUUGAUGUUUCCAACAUGGGCCUGUUUUUCCCAGCUAGAGCUACUCUCCAGGAAUUGGAACUUGGCACACUCAUGACAAUUGAUGAGGACUUGUUUCAGCGUUCAGUUUAUGGUUCACAAGUUCUUGGAAAAGCGCAAGGGAUUUACGUAGCUAGUUCUGAAAAUGGAACUAGUCAUAUGAUGGCUAUGGCAGCGACUUUUGCUGAUAGUGAGUUUAAGGAUGGAUUGCGAUUUUUCGGGGUGCACCGGAACGAUGGAGCUGAGUCUCAUAUUGCUGUUAUUGGUGGCACUGGAAAGUAUGAUGGUGCAAAUGGCUAUGCAACUGUUAAAGCUGUAGAUGCAGGCUCUGGGGAUUCCAGACAAGAACAGAAAGCUAACAAGUUCCUUUUGUUCAAUGUUUAUCUCAGUUAG